CAUUGGAUGGCGGGUGCGAGCAUGUAGAGGCCAAGAAUGCACAACGGCCUAUAUAAAUGCCGUUUCCUUCGAUGCAACGCAGCGGUCCCGCACGUUACGAGCCUGGAGAUGGAUUCAUCAACCACGAUGUGGUUCUUCCGAUCGGUGGGAGUUGAAUCGGAUCCCAAGCUCUUUUAAUUAUAAGAUGAAUGCAGCUUCUACGAGAAUAAUCCUUCGCUUUUCUCCGCAUCCGAAGCCAGUGUUCUUCGAUCCAGAGUUGUUGAUCCGGAAUUAGGGAUUUCUGGUGAUGGCGGAACCCGAAGUCAUUGCUUUGAGAGAAGCUAUUCGGAGUCGAUCUACAACUCUGGAGAAACUUUAUGGAGAGCUGGAGGAGGAACGGGAAGCUGCGGCAUCUGGAGCGGACGAAGCUCUAUCCAUGAUCGUGCGCCUGCAGGAAGAGAAGGCAGCCGAGAAGAUGAAGGCGAGCCAGUACAAGAGAUUGGCGGAGGAGAAGCUGCGGCACGCCAAGGAGUCCUCGACGAUUCUGAAAGACGUCAUAUUUCAGAAGGAGAUGGAGAUUGCAUCCCUCGUGUAUCAAGUGCAGGCCUACAAGCACAGGCUGUUAAGUUUGGGUCUCAGAAAUAUGGAUGAUGAUGUUAUGAUGAGGAAUGGCAACCGGUGCAGGACAAGCUUGGUUAGGAACAUCUCUUUACCUGCGCUUCUCCUGGAAGAACUAUCAUCAGGGCUUCAUGUUACUGAAAAUUUGUAUUGUGGCAUUGCUGACAACAUGGAGUUCGGUGAAGAGUACGAUGCAGCCAAAUUGCAUGAGUUUAUGAAUUUGGCUAGAUCAGAAACAGCAGAAGCACACAGAAGAUCAACAGAGUGGCAGCAAAAACUCGAGUAUCAUGAUAAAUUUCACAUGAAUUCUAGGAUGGUGCCUGUGAAAAUGAGACAGAAUCCUGGUUGUUCAUGGUAUCUACAACUAGCAGCUAGCGACGACAACAAAUUCGACAAUUCAACAUCGAACAUAAAGUCAGACGAGGGCAGUAUUUAUCAAACAAAAUCAGUCAAUUUGCAAGACUUCCAUGAUGUUCAGGAGAAUCACAAUCGUCCAAGCGGGUCUAGAACAUGCAGCCAACUUUCGCAAGAACAUUUCGAAACCAAAUGCAUGAACAGAGUGCCAAUUGCAAGACAGGAAGAAGCUAUGUGCAACUUCCCGAAAGAUCAGCACAACAAUUUUUUCUCGCAUGCCCAUCAUAAGAACAAAUUGUACCAACCAUGGGAAGAGGCACCGAUGGAUUGUCCUCCAACACCUGGAAAUUCUCAUGAUGCAGUUUCUUUAUCUCACAGUGAUCUUGAGCAACUAAGAAUGCUGAUGCAGAAAUUUAAAGACGACAUGAGAGAUACGAAGCAGGAAAAUCUCGAGCGAGGCAGAAAACAGUUGCAGUCAUUAAGGAGAAUAAUCAAGCAUCUUGAUUCUAUAGAAUCACAAGUUAACAACACAGAGUUUGAGCACGAUCAAGAGGAUGAUUCUCAAUUUACGUACCUUGUGGAGGUAAUGUUAUAUUACUUUCUCUGCACUGGUGCUUUGCUUGUUUCUCAGACUAGGCACUGAAACUCAUCAGUUAGGAUAUUAAUGUAUCAGGAGUACCCUUAGAAACAUCUAGAAAUACAAGGCCUUCACUAUACACAGAUAUGAAGAAGAACACUAUGAGAUCAACUAAGACUCACCUGGAGCUUUUACAACUAUACUGUCAACCAUAUUUCCACCCUAAACAAGAUACAUUAGCCUCUCAUCUUUAAAGAAACUGGUACCAUAGAUUUUAACCAUAGACACGCAGUUCAUAUUUUGUAAGAAAAAAGAAAAAUCAUGCAUGAAGCUAAGUCUAGAUAUGACCAACAUAAAUUUUGCCUGUGCAGAUUUGCUUUUUUAUAUUUGUUGAUCUAUGCCAUUCAGCUGCAUACAGAAUAUUAGCCAGUCUAUGCUUUUUUCUUGCUGUUAUUAUAGAACUUUUUUUUAGCAAAAGCUGUUUUAGAGCUUGACAUAGUGUAAUUCAUAAACAGGCAAUGCUACAUUUCUGGCUUUAGUCUUGUCAAAUUGGACCUUUGGCAUUGAGAGGCUCGUCUUCAUCCAAGGUUCAUUCUAAAAGUGCUGAUAAAUCACCAUUGAGAUUCUAAAAAAAUAACCUUCUGGUUCCAGCAAUGUUUGUAAAGUGAACAGCUGGUGACUUCGGACUUCCUCUUUCUGUUGGUCGAUCAAUUGUACCAUGUUUAAGUCAUAAGAAAACUUUUUAUACACCAUGAGUACAUAUUUGUUUCUGUGGCAAAAUACUGGAUAGAAUUCCUCAAGAAAGAGAAACACAACAUGUUAAGCUGCAUUAUCAUGAAUUUAAUCUUUUCUUGCUUUACUUGCUCUUAAAGGUAGACAAUCUUGACUGACAGAGGAAAAAAGGAAUAGAAAACUUAAAGUAGUAUCAGAUUAACAUAAGGCAUCAUCUUUCUGAAGUUGCAUUCUAAAACAAAUCUUCACGGGUAAAUAUGCAGAGAGAACAAAACAGAAGAGCACAUUAAAAAAUGAUAACAUCUUAGCACAUUGCAUGGGGACAGUUCAUCUGUUAGUACAUACUAAUCAUGGGUCCAAAAUAAUGCUUCAUUCGCUUGAAGCUGCAUGGAGAUCACCGAGUUCAAUGUUUUGAAAUUAAGGCUCCAGUUUUUCUUUUCCCCAAGAAAACACUAAAUUAAAUUAAGGCUGUUGUUUAUCAGACAUUACAGUGUAUCUCUCUGAAUACUGUUUUGAUUUAUAUGAGAUUGAUCUCUUCUGUUAAAGGACUCCAGGUUUCAAUAAGGGCAUCUUUGACAUUAAUUUUAUCUUUUAUGCUUUAGGAAAAUAAAAAAAUAGUUUUAAGUUUGAUCGUUAGUGUUCACAAACCUAUUUGAUGAUCAUAAUGUAGCUUAUUCAAAGAGUGCAUUGGACUGUGAACUCACUGGAAAAUCAAUAUAGGAUAAAUUGAUGUAAAGUUACGGGCUACGGAAAAGACUAAAUGACACUCACCGCACAAGAUGCGAGAAGUUAAUUCUCAAAAAAGAGAGUGCCUCUGUCCAAACAAAAUGAAUUUUCUUUUCUUUUUUGAGGCUUAUUUUCAAAAUUUUUAUGCCAAAUAUACAGAUCAAGAUGACAUUUAUGAGUUUACAUGCAUUGAACUUUGAUCUUUAUAGGUCGAAAAAUACUUGAAACAUUUAUAUUUAAAAACAUUCAAUAAACAUGUAUUGAAGAUUCUUUCCCAUAUUUCAGUACUUGACAAAGUUCAUCGCUUAGCGUAGGUUGGGAUACCAGUUACCUCUAAAAACUGAUUUUAGAAAUCAGAUUUAACUACUCAUUGACUUCUAUAUGCUUGAUAAGAAGUUCCUAUAUCAAGAACCAAAUAAGUAUCCUUUUAGGGACAACCUAAUUUUCUUUUAAAAUCAGAAAUUG